AUGCCUUCUAUUUUCUACACUCUGCUGCUGCUGCUGGCCAUCGCGGUUACGGUAGUUGAGAGCCGUGACUGCUACGGCAAAUCCUGUUCCUGCGGGCGGAAAGUGCAAUUCAAGAUGCGCUGGGUUUUUUAUAUUGCGUUCCUGGCGCUGACCUCGGCCGCGUUUCUCGAGGAGUGUCGGAAGGUCCCGUGCAAACCGCAUUGGUACUGUGGCAAGGAUUAUCUAUGCAGGCCCAGGAGACGCAUCGAGAAGAACGUUCACUGUAACAGGAAGCUCGACUAUCAAGAGUGCGUGGAUGGGCUUUUCUGCUGCGAACAAAUCGGCCGUAGCCCCCGUGGAUACUGCCGGCCAAUCGGGACCAACCGCAAACAGACGACCGACUGCGAUCCGGCGUCUGAUCAACCGGAAUUCUCCGCGUUCUCUGACACCUCGGAAUACGCCGAUGAUCCGUCAGAUUUGUGCCCGUAUACAGACCCGAUUGGCUACUACGACUACCACGAGCCACUUGAUGCGCUGUCUCCAGCUCCGGGAGCCUCACAACAGCCUGGCCCGUCUCGCCCGGACACCAGCAUUCCUCUUCGCACCAGCACGCUGCCGUCCUCCUUCAACUUCUCCCAGCAGGCUGGCCCAUCUCGACCGGAUACGAGCAUCCCGCUGAACAUUAGCGAUUUCCCCCACAAUCGUUCUGUUGUUGUUAUUACCGAAAAUGCCCAAAAAAUAGCAAAGCGGCCACGAUCCAAAAUAUCGGCUGAAGAACGUGCCAGGAUCGCCCGGAAUUCAAAAAACAAACAGAUUUCGCGGCGUCGAGCCACACAAGACUCCAUCGAGGAGCAGUAUUCCCAGGCUAAUUCACAAAGAAAAAAAGCCCGCCUUGAAGAGACCCCGAGCCAGGCGGAUGCUCGCCGCCAAAAAAAUGCGGCGCGGAUGGCCAUUCACAGAGCCAAAGAAAAUACUUCCCAAACCACGACUCGAAAUCAGGCCAAUGCUGCUAAUAUGCACAAAAAAAGAGCCACCUACGCUUAUUUCAGCCCGUCGAGCCACGAACGCGAUCUCGACUUCCCAAGCGAGAGCCAUGGAGACUUCAGAAGAACGCAGUUCACGGCGAGCGCAGAAUGC